CACAGUGUCCAUGCGCUUUCACAUAUGUGAUUCAUUUUCAUGACUGGCUUUAAAAAAAAAUGUUUUCCUUUACAACAUGCUAAAAAUAUUUUUAAAUUUAUUUUAAAGAACUUCAGAAGCUUAUAUAAACAGGGCACCAAUGGGACAAUCCCUGAGCUGCUACAAUCCUGGAGGCAAGACGUCUCGGCGGCCACUGAAGAACAAGCGCCAGCUGAGUGCAGCAUGUAACUUUGCGGACCUUCUCGGGCCGGGUCGUGUGGACCUGAAUCGGGCCUCAGAGGAAGAGCUGAUGACCCUGCACGGGGUGGGUCGCACCCUGGCCCGGGACAUUGUGGCUUACCGGACCCGAAUCGGGGGCUUCCGCAAGGUGGAGGACCUGGCACUGGUCACUGGAGUGGGCGCCACCAGGAUGGCACAAAUGAAAUCCGAAGUGUUUGUUGGGGAGCCAGGGUCGGCCCCUAACCUGUUCAGCCUGGACCUCCUCUCCUCCACUAGAGUAGACAUCAACAGGGCAUCGCUGGGACAAAUCCAGGGGCUGGCUGGGGUAACUGAAGAGGUUGCCCAGGGGAUCUUGUUCCACCGGACCAUGCACGGGCCUUUCAGGAGGGCUGAGGAUCUUGGCAAUGUCAAGGGUGUCGACCCUGCCUUACUCCCCCGCCUCCUACUCCAAAUCACUGUGGGGUGCCCCCGGCUUGCCUCAACUUACCCAGACUUGCGGAGUGAGGGUCUGGGCCAGCCCAAUGCAGCCGCCUCUUUCCACAGCCUCCGGGAGGUGGAUAUGGGGAUCCCCCUGGGCUGGGUAGUCCCUGUGCGGCCGCUCUCCCAGCCCUUCUCUGGGGUGCACAAUGGCAGGCCUGUGUUGCGGGUGGCCAGCUGGAACCUGAGAGAGUUCAGCACAGAGAAAGCUCAGAACCCUGGGGUGCGCGAGGUGAUAUGCAGGACACUGCUGGAGAAUGGGAUCCAGCUGCUGGCCGUACAAGAGGUUUUACAAGAAGAAGCUCUUGAGAAGGUUUGUCUGGAGCUGGAGAAUCCCAGCACUGUGGGUGUACGUGAGUGGCCAGGGGACAGGGGGACCUGGCGUUAUGUUCUGAUGGAUGCUCCCCAGGGACAAGAGACUCAGGAAGUAGAAAGAGUGGCCUUCCUGUGGGACUGCAGUUCUGGGUUAGAGUUGCUCCAAGCCGUCGCCAUGGAGACCCAAAGAGAAGGAAUGAGUGGGCCGCACAGCCAGCCCCUGCUGGGGAGCUUCAAGAUGGGAACUCUAGAAUUCAGCCUCAUCAACCUGCAUCUGAGGCCUGACUCCCCGGCCAUGACUGGACAGCCUACACAAGCCUCCCUGGACCUGCUGAAACUGGAACCUCUGAAGCCCUUCCUUCAAGAUUUGUUUAAGAAGGCGCUGCUGACUUUGGGUCACUUGGGUCUGAGCCCGGAUGCCAGUGAGUUUGCUGUGCUGAGGGAGCAACAGCUGGAGCCCCUGGUCCCUGCUGACUGUUCAACUGAGCUGACGAGAUGUGGCGAGGAGGGGGAAGGUUCACUGCAAAACAUUUGGGCCAGUCACACAGCACGGGACUCUUACACAGGUCGGUGGGGAGUGAUCCGAUUGGGUCUGAGCAGUCCCUGGAUCCCUGACGGAUGGUCCUGGGGAGGCAUAGUGUCCACUCACUGCCCAGUGUGGGUGGAGCUUUACAUGAAGUAGCCAAUCGGCAUCGCUGACCACUCCAGUGUCACAGUGACUUGCCAAGUAUGGGCGGAAAGCAGAAAGCUCAUCAAAUGGCAAAAACUUCAAUGGCCUUUUCUGUGGGAAUUCUUCUAUAAUCUGGUCUAUAGCGGGUGGUUUUCUUUUUUUAAGUUCUAUUUAAGAAUUACUGUUAAUUCUUAGCAACCUACCUGACCAGAUCCAAACAGAUUAAGGGAAGCAGAAAUGAAUAACAGAAUUGUCUGUGAGAGGCGUAUGAUAUGGUAACAAUAUUAGACAGCAUGUAGUGAGAUCUGCCCACUGUUGACCUUUUUCAAGCAUUGGUUUGGAUAGCAGUACAAUAAAUGUUUUGUAGUACACCAGCUGUUGUUGGAAACAAGCAUGUCCACCCUCGGGGCGAACUGUGUACAGAGU